AUGACCCAGACCCUGGGCGUAAGCUCUCCCCACCCUUCUACCCAGAUCAUCUGGACCUACUGCGCUUUCAACGUGGUCACGAAUGCAUAUCUGAUCUCCAUCCCCAUACCGAUGCUUUGGGCAUCGAGGCUGAGGCCUGUCAAGAAAGUCGGCCUUGUCGCGCUGUUUGGUGGUGGACUGGCGAUCGUAGUCUUCUCUUUUUUGCGCACAACCAUCAUCUACCAGGUCAGUAGUAACAAGAUCCCAUCCACUGCUUCCCUGGCGGCAUCAUGGGCGCUCCAAGAGACGUUCCUCUCGGUCUUCACAACGAACGCGUCGGUCAUCUUCCCGCUGUUCCACUCCAUCCUGGCGCCCGUCUUCGGCACCCUCGUCCGGUCCGUGCGCGAGUCGGGCUGCUCGAGGUCGAAGGACGGCAAGGGCAGGAGCAUCAAGACGAUCGGCGGUGGUGGCAAGAACCAGAGCUGGCGCGGCCGCAGGCCCCGCACCCCGAACCCGAUCACCAAGUUCACGUUCAGCGAGAGCGAGGAGCGCAUGAUGGUCAACCAGGGGCAGCAGGUUCCCUUGGGGAACAUGGACAUGCAGAUGAACCCGAUGAAGGCGGGCGACGUCGAGGCAGGCAAUGGAUACGGUCGUCAUGAUGGUGGUGUCUACAGCCCAUACAUCAGGAAAGACGUCGAGGUCGAUGUCACCAGUGUGGUGGGUGUCGACCCGAGUCAGCAGUUCACAUGUCAUAACAAUUUCGUCUACGCCCAUAGUCUAGGCCGGCCGUAUUAG